AUGUCAAAUACAACAACAACAACAACAACAACAACAAAAAGUUAUAAAAUACCAGGUACAAAGUACACAUUAGAGAUUGGUAGAGCAGAAUUGGAUCACGUCUACAUAAAAGGAAAUUUCAUCUUGGCUAUCGUAUCAAAGAUGGUCAAUCGAUCAUUAGAAUACAUGUCGUUGGAGAAGAAGAAUGGUGAUGAUAUGUCGUCAGCUGGCAGCAUCGGUGGUAGUGGUAUUCGAUGCAGACAUAUUACUGCAGCCAUCUUGGAAUACAUUACUGAUCAAGAAUAUAACAGCUGCAUUAUUGAGAGUUGUUGUCAAUUUGUAGAUAAAUACAACAACAACAACAAACCUGAAGAAAAGGAGAGGGUGUCGUUAACUUUUAUGGUAUAUGAUACACCAUUUAUUGCAGAUCUUAUGUUAUCAUCAUUUAGUGGAGCAAAAGGAGGAGGAGGAGGAGGAGGUCUGGUCACCGAUGACAGUGUAAAUCAUCUAUACAUGACAACUGUCGUAUUCCUCCAAAAGUUUAUCGAUUUUAUACUUUAUCGAAUCGUAUUUCAUACCUGUAUAAAGAAAGAGGAAAUAAUUAUUGACAGAUCAAUUUCCAAAGAUUUAAGAGUCACCUAUAAUGAUAUCAAAGAACUCUUGAAAGAAGAAUUAUUUACAAGUCAUUUUAAAGAGUUGGUAUAUAAUGAAGAUGAAUCUUUGGAAUCACCACCACCACCUGUCAAUUCAAGUAUAAUACAAUCAUUGAGUAAAGAACAAUAUGAAAUGUUGGAAAAUAUUAAAGAGAGCGAUUUAGAGUACACAAAACUAUCAAAAGAACCAUUGUUGACAACAACAAAAAACUUUAAGAAAAUGUUUAGUUAUUAUUAUAAAAGCUAUUAUAAUGAAUAUGAUGGAUUUGCUACUAUGCCAACUUUACAAAAUCUAAAGGAUUUAGUACGUGAUAUUCCAAUCGAUAUUGUUCAAGCUAUGGCCAAUCACUUAAAUUUAGAUAUUCAAGAAUCUUUACAAAAUAGAUCAACUAUUGGAAAGACAAGAUUACAAUUUGAUGAUGGGGAUUAUUUUGGUCAAAGAUAUACAGCCAAACAAAGACAAGGUAUAUCUAUUUGGUUUCAAGAGCUAAAUGAAAGUGGUGAUGAUGAUGAUGACCAUCCAGAAGAUGAUGUUUGGUAUAAAACUCCAAUGCAAGCAUUUAAAGAGAUUGGAAAGAUUAAAGAUUUUGAUGAAAGUUAUCGUCGUUGA